AUGUUCUGUGGCGUAUAUAUUAGACGGUGUUAUGGCUGCAUUAGAAAUGCUGAAGUUCAGGUUAAAUCCUGCGACGUCGAGCUCCAGCUGCCAAUAUGGGAAUGCGGUCGAAAGGGAAUUACCAAAGUGAAAUUGAAGCAAGUACCGGUGUUUCUUGUUAAUGCGUUCAAUUUCAUAACAAAAAAUGGAUUGACUCUUGAAGGAUUGUUUCGACGUGAAGGAAAUGCUAGUCGCUUGAAUCAAAACAACUUUGCAGUUUACAUGGGUGAGGCUCCGCUGCCUCCGACUUUCACGGUGCACGAUGUAUGUUCAAUGGUCAAAAGAUUUUUUCGAGAUCUGAAAGAACCGCUUCUUCCUAACGCUGCAGUACGCAAGGCUUUGCUGGAGCUCGUCAAGAAGAAUGAAGAGGCUCCAAUAACACUCCACGACUUCAGUUCAGUUUUUGAACCUGGAUAUGAGGUGGGGAAAAGAAGUUUGGAUCGUUCUCUACCAGAAGCCCACAUAGGCACUCUUGGGUACCUCAUGAGGCAGCUAUUAAGGAUAUCACGGCACGCUGACAAACACCAAAUGGAUUCUGCGAAUCUUGCGACGGUGUUCGCUCCGACCCUUUUUCGAGAAGAAAAGAUAAGGCGGAAGGACAGAAGGGGAUCUCAGGAUGACCUUCUCACUGUUCUUCGUAGCGACACGAAGCUGCAAAUCGCUGCGGUGCAACUUCUAAUUGAACGGGCAAAUUGGAUAGGGCUGCAUCCAGAUUGUUACAUAACAAGCGUCCAUCAUCACAGAAGUAGUUCUGCUGCAGCAUCUCCACGACAACCGUUCACGUCGGCUGCCGUUAACUUGUUGAAAGAGCCAACACCUUGUCCAGAGCGAAGACCGAUAUCAAAACGAAACGAGGUCGCCGGGUCUCUAAUUCUUGACAGAAAAGCUUCUCUGAAAGCUGGCGAUGUUGCCAAAUCGAAGUCGUCAACAAAACGACGAUCUUCGUCGGCAUUUCGUGGGAUUAUUAAUGGUAUUGGUGAUCGUCUGCGAAAGAGAAGUCCAAGUAGAGAGCGCAGCAAGGCUAGCCGUCGUCAAAGCUCACCCGCUGUUGUGGUUACGGAUUACCACCAGCACCGUCCCCGCUUACCACGACGACCAUCACCGCGGUAUAUGCUAGAAUUCGCUGAAUCACCACCUCACAGCAACUCGUCUGAACAUUUGAAUGCUAAUGGUACUCAUGCCCAUGAUGCUCUACGAUCAUCUUCUACUCGCACAUCCCGUAGUCGUCAGCCUGUUGCAGUAACUACAGCCAGACCAUCUGCUUAUCUGUCAACGCAGCAGAGUAAGACUGCGAAAGUCAGUGGAUCACAGUCGAUGGGAAGAUCUUCCUGUCGGAACACUGAGGUACCCAUCUACAGACGUGAUUCUGGAAAGAAGCGUGGAGAAACACCUCCAAGAAGGGUUAACAAGGUGCUUAAGGAUAAUCCGGUAUCUAUGCUUGGAGAAGAACAUUUCAAUCCAACGUAUCGCGAGCAACAUGAAAGGUCACGACGUCGCCAUACGACACCUGUCAAGACAUCUACUGCGUUGAGGCGCAAUCAGCCUAAUACACGGCACUCAGGCUUGCAGCAACCAAAGAGACGUGCAACAGUGGUGAAUGCUCACGAACAGGAAAAAGAGAAUCGCCAUCGAACGGGAUCUGUCAGUGUGAAUAAUUCUUGCGAAGACAUCGAAGGAACACUAGCGGAGGACAGCAUCACCUUAACUGAUUCUUCAGCUGAUAUACUAACUCAGAAAGGACACGAGUCACGUCUGAGACGGGUGAAAAGGCAGCAGCGGCGAGAAUUGUCCUCAAUACUUCAGGACUCUUUAUUUGACUCAAGCUCUUGCCAGGAACCUUUUGAGAAGAAAGGUGAGGCUGUUCUACGUUUGAUUAAUCCUGACAUUCGCGUACGUGCAUCACGACUAUUUUCAGAGGAUGUGAAGGACCGUGUCAGGAAAGUAUCUGUUGGAUGUUCACCGAUAAUAUUCCCUCGAACCCCUACUGACUCGAAGGAGGUUCGCGGCUCUGCCGUCGUUGGUGAAACGGUAGUAAUAACACCGAUAUCGAUUCCGUCUCCUUCAGACGAGUCACUAACAAUGAACCUUCCCACUGAUCUUUAUAAAUCGCCACCUUCUCUCGAGACGCAUUCAACUGCACGUCCUCUUGUGACCGAGUACCCUGCGUCGAAAGCUACGGCAGUGAUUCCGAAGCAGACUCCGUCCGAAAGGCUCUUGACUCAGGAGCAUAACAUUCGCGCGUCAUCGGGUCAUGUUGUGAAUAAAGAAACGCAGCAAGUGGCUUUCCGUGUUCCAUUCUUGCCUACUCCGCGUUUGGCUUCUCCUCCAAACCUUGCCUCUUCGAAUGCUAGAAUAGACUGUGCCAAUAUCGAAACAAAGCGGAAAGCGUCGUCCCGACCAACGUCCCCGAAAGGCCUGCUCUUUCCAUUACCGCGGCGGGUGCUGAAUUCCUCUUCAGCCGAUGAGGAUCGAAGUGAACAAUUCUCUGUCCUUAACAAGCCAUCAAACGCGCGUGGUGCAGAUUCGAGUUUAAGUUUGACUAAUCGCGACGAAAGUUUUGAGCCGUCGAACGAAAUGAAAGCAGCUAUUUUAAAUUCAACCUGUGAUGAAGAUAUGGAAGCUACUAUUGGUCGACACCUUCGCCUCCGCCCAUCCGUUGCCUUUAUUCAAAAGCAAGGCAUUGUUCGAGAUAGAGUAAAUAUGUUCCGACAACUUGGAAAUUCGAUGUCGGUACCUCUAGAGCCAGUCAGUGGGAGGAUAGACUGUGCCAAUAUCGAAACAAAGCGGAAAGCGUCGUCCCGACCAACGUCCCCGAAAGGCCUGCUCUUUCCAUUACCGCGGCGGGUGCUGAAUUCCUCUUCAGCCGAUGAGGAUCGAAGUGAACAAUUCUCUGUCCUUAACAAGCCAUCAAACGCGCGUGGUGCAGAUUCGAGUUUAAGUUUGACUAAUCGCGACGAAAGUUUUGAGCCGUCGAACGAAAUGAAAGCAGCUAUUUUAAAUUCAACCUGUGAUGAAGAUAUGGAAGCUACUAUUGGUCGACACCUUCGCCUCCGCCCAUCCGUUGCCUUUAUUCAAAAGCAAGGCAUUGUUCGAGAUAGAGUAAAUAUGUUCCGACAGCUUGGAAAUUCGAUGUCGGUACCUCUAGAGCCAGUCAGUGGGAGGUGCGUGAAUUCAUGA